AUGUCGAACCCGGUGGCGCAAGCAGUGAUGCGAUGCAAUGUGGAUGUGAAGUACAUUGGACGCAAUUUUUCAGAAGCAGACCUUUUGAAGUUUUGUGAUGGGAGCAUAGACCAGGAGCCUGGAGUCGAAGUUCCUACUUCUGCAUCUUCUCUGUUGGAACUGUCCGGGAGUGGAUUGCAGGAGAUGGAACUUCAACGCCCACUUGGUUCGUCUUCGGAUGCCAUAUCGGGUGCUGAUGCCCCACAUGCAGAGCAACCUGUGUCGACUGAGUUGGAUGCUUCGGAUCCGCCGCCGAAGAAGCAAUGCAUGGGUCGUGUUUUGGACACAGAGCAUAAGAAGAUGCAGACGAUGAGAAAGGCGCUUGAUCGCAUUCUGGUGGACCUUGCAAGAGAUAUGAUGAAUGUUGGUUUUUACACUGGUGAGUAUGCUGCGAAGAAGUUUGAAAUUUCGCGGAGUAUGUUACCUGAAUUGUAUGCAGGAGUGCAGCGAUUGGAAGAGGAGGAAAGGGAAAAAGCAAAGGAAGCUGCAGCGGGCACCGAGCAGGAGGUCCUGGAGGGGGACAGGGACCCUACUAUGACAGGGCAACAGAGGCGUGCAUUGACGAUUUUGAGAAGACUGGCCUUUGGAAUGAAUCGUUGUGUGGCCAAAUCCAACGGUGAAAUGGCGUAUCAGUUGCUAUUCGAGCAGGAGCAACUGGUGACAUAUCGUGGCUACAACAUGUUCUUCCGCUAUGUGCCGUAUGCAAUCAUGCGUUGCAGACAUGAGGACAUGGAGGAGGUUUUGCAAGCCAGGCCGCAUCUCAAUGGCUCGCCCUUGGAUGUGCUUCCUGACCCCGAAGCAGAGGCACCAGUGGUGGUGGAUGAGUUUGCGGAGGUUGUUGAUGAGGGAGGUGAUGUGCCCAGAGUCCAGCAGGUGCACGUGAACUUCAACCAGAAAGACGAUUACUUGCACAGGGGCUCUUCGGUUUUGUUGCAAUGCAUGUCCCUUUUGAUGUAUUCUCGCUUCGUCCGCAGAGUUUCCAGGAACAAAGCCGGCAAGGUGGAUGGAGUGAAGUUUUUCGACUUUGAUGAACACUAUGCCCACUUCAGUUCCUCCGUUCAGGAUUGCUUGCGGUGGGUGGUCCUGUUUUUUUUUCUUACUUUGUUUGGUGUCUUUAAGUUUGAUAUUUGGAAAGCGUCAACAAGUUCGGGUGAAGAUGUUUAUUUCUGUGUUGAGGUGAAAUCAAAUUCGCAGGAAGUGAGAGCAGCAGAUGACAGUGUAGUGGUGCCUUCAGAUUUGCAUCUUCCGAAGGAUGCUGAGGUGCAGAAGUACGCAGCACACAUGUUGGGAUUAUCCUUUCCAUUCCCAACGUGUUCUGGAGAUUGCAGUUUGUCACAUCGAUGCUUUGCUUGCCACACCAUGGAAGAAGAUGAAAAGCAAGGCGUUCUUUUUGCUCGUUUUACGCUGCUUUGGAAGCACUGGAAAAGUCACAUGUCAAUGAGGAGGUGUUUGGCGGAGGAAAGAGUUUUGGCCGGUUUGUCUGCUCCGGUCAUCCGGGAUGUUGCAUCAGUCCGUUCGUAUGUUGCUGGCAUCGCUGACACCAGCAGUGCUUUUAGAUGUUUGGAGAAGCUGUUCGGUGGAGCAGAAGGAGCGGAUUGUCGCUAUCAUGACAUUUUGCGCAUCUGUGAGCGCGUUGCCUGGUUCGCAGCCUUGUCGGUUCCCUUUCAUUACACUCAACUGACAUCGCAAGAGUUCUUGGCCUAUAUUCAGACAUCUUGGUUGGAGCGUUUCCAGCAGCACUGUGCUGCACGUCGUCUCAGCAGCAGUCGUCGGACAGCUGAGCGUUAUGCUCUGAUGACUGCUUUGGACAAGGAGGAGGACCUGGAAGAUGACUCGGCCCCGCCGGUCAUAGAAGGACGCGAGGUCGAGGAUGAUCUGCUACUGCAAGAAGAGUUGGACAACUUGGAACGUGCGCAGUGGCCGGUGGAUGGAGAAGCACUGCACGAAGCUAUGUUUCGGGAAGAGGAUUGGAUGAAGGUGUUGGGCAAUCGAAAGCCAUCUGUAUUGCAGGACGCGUUGCAGCGUUUGCGUGACUUUGUGAAUGGUUUGGGAGGUGUUCCGGAUGCGAGAAUUGAUUUGGGAAUCAAAGGCAACGCAGCCUGUGGAUUGGAGCGCAAUUGGACGUUCGCCGAAGCCCAAAGGUCUUUGAUGCUGCAGAAGCAAUAUUUGGAAUUUUGCGUUGGAGGUGGUGAAGAGGAUACUGAGAUGAUGGCAGAUCAUGUUUUUCGGCCUUUGCCAGAGACGGAAGAUGCUUUUUUGGUGGAGCUGAACCAGAGGAAUGUGGGUCCGAGCGAUUAUGCUACUGCUUUGCUUGUGGAGCACAGUUUGAAUCGCCAACAGAUUUUAGCCAUUGCACCCAUUGCUUGGGUCAUGGAACAGAUGUGGCUUAACCGGAGCAAUCCGGACAAUUGCAUUGCGGAUGGUGCGCGCAGUGAAAGGUGCAAUUGUCUUUGGCUCGGAGCUGGUGGAUCUGGAAAGACGUAUGCAUACAGCAAAGUAUUGAGGCCACUCUUUCGACGUUUCUUUGGACAGGACGGUUAUGUUGCUGGUGCUCCAACUCACGCUGCUGUUCGCCUCCUGGGGCCUGAGGCCAAAACUUUGCACAAGUGGGCCAAUGUGCACAAGAGCAGCAGCUUGGAUCGCCGCUCCUUGCGUUCGGCGAAGAGCAAGGGCAGCCCGAUCGAAAAGAAGAUCGAAGGCAUCAUGGCUAUGCUGUUGGACGAGUUGUCGAUGGUGCCUUCGGAUGUGUACCAUGCUGCUUCGCUUCGAUUUGCCACUGUUCGACAAGCUCGACUUAUGCUUGACAUGGGCGACUACUUGAAGCAGUGGUUUGGGAAGGUGCCCAUUGGAGUGCAAGUUGCUGACUUUCUACAACUGCGACCCACUGCGCAAGCAUCCUUGUGCGAAUGGUUGGAUGCGCCACGAGCUACUGAUCCUGCACCGCCUCAAGACCAACAAGACCAAAGCGAUGCCGAAGAGGCCGUGGAGAAGGAGGCGGCUGAACGCACCAGCAAUGCCUCAGAACUUGGACGGAUUGCGUUCAAGGAAUCGCUCCAGCGAGUUGUGCACUUCACUGGAUCCGGUCGUUUUUCGAAGUGUGCAUCCGGACAGCAGCUUGUGAGGAUUCUUUUGUCCAUGCGGCGAGGCGAACAUCUGGAGGAUGAAUUGUGGGAAGCUUUGGAAUCUCGAGUGAUCAGCCGAGAGCAACUUUUUUCUGACAAUUCCUUGCGCGCAAGGUUGUUGAGUGCUCACUGGGGCGGCCUGGCGUGGGAACACGUUGCUCGUUUACAGCAUUUGCGGGUGGCUUGGGAAGCUCAACAGAGGUCCACAACUCUUUUCUUGGUGCAAGCUAUUGAUCGCGCCUCGGGGCCCACAGAUUUGACAAGGGAGCAGAGCCUGAAGGCAUUACAGGUUGUGAACAUGACAAGAACGCAGUAUCUCAUGGGCAUUUGCCCUUUGUAUGAAGGGAUGGCAGCACGUGUUAGUUGCAUUUUGGACAUGCCGAUGCUGAGUCGAGAGUUGCCGGUCAUUGUUCGCUCCAUUAAGUUGCAUCCGAAGGAACCUGUAAUUUCAAACGGCAGUGGACGUGUCGUUUUGCAAUAUCAGCCGUUGGCCGUCUUGGUCGAGAUCGAUGACCCGGAAUAUCGUGCCAUUGAAUUGCCAGAUGGCAGUGCUCCGAAGGGACACGUUUGGCUGCGUCCCGUUACAUGUGAUCAGGCCUGGGAUCUUCCUGUUGGAGGCAAUCAAUUUAUGCAGGUUCAUCGCAAACAGUUGCCACUGGCACCUCGUCACGUUCUCACGCACUACGGUUUGCAGGGCAUCACUGCGAGACAAGGGCUGGUUGCUUUCAUGUCCAAACCAUCCUGGAUGAGUCAAGCGGACUAUGGUUUGGCUAUGUACGUGAUGUUGUCAAGGCCAACCAAGCUGGAAGAUCUGUGGAUAGUGGAUUUGCCGCCUCGCAAUGUGUUCGAAAAGUUUCUGCACGAACACAAUCCUCUUUUGGUGCAGCGGAUGCGGGAGUUUGAAGGUCAGGCCUGCGUGGACGAGCGGAAGGCCUUGAAGUAUGUGCAUAGACUUUCAUGGCAGUGCAUCCCUUGGGUGUCACAGCAUUUGUCUGCAGAUGAAAUGUCUGAUGAUCUUUUUGCUUAG